AUGGUCGCUCAAGUUCAAAAGCAAGCUCCAAAAUUCAACAAGACUGCAGUCAUUGACGGUGUCUUUGACGAAGUUUCCUUGGAAAAAUACGCUGGCAAGUACGUUGUGUUGGCGUUCAUCCCAUUGGCGUUCACUUUCGUCUGCCCAACUGAAAUCAUUGCUUUCUCAGAGGCAGCCAAGAGAUUCACCGACAUUGGUGCUCAAGUGCUGUUUGCUUCCACCGACUCUGAAUACUCCUUGUUGGCAUGGACCAACGUUGACAGAAAGGACGGUGGUCUAGGCAAGGUUGACAUCCCAUUGGUUGCCGACACCAACCACUCUUUGUCCAGAGACUACGGUGUUUUGAUCGAAGAGGCCGGUAUUGCUCUAAGAGGUUUGUUCAUCAUCGAUCCAAAGGGUGUCGUCAGACACAUUACCAUCAACGACUUGCCAGUCGGUAGAAACGUUGAGGAAGCUUUGAGGUUGGUCGAGGGCUUCCAGUGGACUGACAAGAACGGUACUGUCUUGCCAUGCAACUGGACACCAGGUGCAGCCACCAUCAAGCCAGAUGUCGAGUCCUCCAAGGAGUACUUUGCCGCUGCUAACAAAUAG